GAAAUAGUUUUGUAUAAGGGCAGGACAAUCUGCAGCUGAGUACACAGUAUCUCAACUCACUUUUGGAUAUGGCCAAGUGGAGAGGAGAAAGAAGAAGCCUUUCACCUUCAGGAUUCUGGAGUGAGCAGGAAUGGGACGCUGACCCGGGCCGUACAUCUUUCUGGCGCACUCUUAGGUCUCAAAGUCCCCUCGCUCUCUCAGAUCUUGACUUUUGGGAUAGUAGAUCUCUUCUUAAAGCUCGGAAAUCUCCCGCAUGGAGUUGUGUAGGCUUAUCUGGAUUGACUGACCGCUCAAAAAUCAGCACCAGCACUCUUGGCAGCCAGAACCACAGGGGCUCCCUGGGCAUGACGAGAUGGUCAUCUGCAUCCCGUCUGGCUCCAGAAGGAGCUCCGCGAUCACACUCUUCUGCUGAAGACUUUGAGCUCAGUGCUGCUCUGGAGGAAAGCAGCAUGAAGAGAGCAGAGCUCAUCCAGAGGCUCCGAGAGGCCAGAGGUCACCUGGAUGCUCAGACAGACCUUCUGAAAACCAAAGGAUCUCAGCUUCAACAAAGCCAGAGCAUCUCAAACGUCCUAGAGAUGAAGCACAAGCAGCUGUCUGAAGCAGUGAGUGCUCUUGAACAAGACAAGGAAGCUGCAGAGCUGAGCCGAUUUGAGGAACGCCGCCGUCGAGGGGAAUUACAUGACAAAGUUCUGCAGCUUGAGUUGGACAUUUUGAAGAUGAGGUCUAACCUGGAGAGAAGAAGUCCACCCACAUCACCAAACCCUCUCAGCAGAACUCUGCCCGCUGCAAAAGACCAAAUCCUCAGAGAGGGACAGAGGCAGGUUGAGAAAGAGAUAAAGAAGCUCAGAGAAGCUCUCAGAAAAGAAGAGGAGAGAACAGAAGACGUAGAGUAUGAGAAAGACAGCGCACUGAGACAGCUCCACUCCUCUGAAGAGAGGAAACAUGAGGCAAUUAACCAAGCAGAAGAGUUGGAACAAAGACUGAGCAGCUCCAUCCAGACCCAGAAAGAGCUAGAGGACCAGCUGAAUGAGUCCCGCAGCCGUCUGGGACAAAUGGAGAUGGAAAAAGACGUGUUUUCCACUAAAACCCGGAGACUAGAAGACAAUCUGAAUGACUUAAAGGUCAAACUAUCCGGAGCUUUAAUGGACAAAGACUGUCUUGUCCAGGAGAACGCAGAGCUCCAUCAGAGGAUCCAGGCUUUGGAUCUGCAGUUGCAGAGGGAGCAGAGGAGCAAACAGGGCUUCACUGAGCAGGUGUGUGAGCUCCAUUCUGAGCUGUCUCAAGCUAAGAGCCAGACCAACAAACAGAAGAGGGAAACCAUGUUGAUGAAGGAGGAGCUGCUUUCCAUUAAAGAGUUGAACGAAAAGCUGUCAUCUGAUCUGACCAAAGCUACAGAGAGACUACAGGUGAUUCUUAACCAGCUACACGAGCUGGAGGCAGAGAAACUGAUCCAAACCAAUCAGAUUGCGGCACUGGAGACUGAGCGCUUGCAGCUGAUAGGAGAGAAAGAGGAACUGAGGAAAACAUUUGAUGAUGGACUUCAUGAGAAGAUGAUAGAGCUGGGAGAGAGAUGCUGCCAGCACAGAGAAUUGCAGGACAAUCUAGAACAAGAAAAUCAGACUCUGCAAUUAAAAUGUCAAGACCUGGAAAAAAAAGUCAAAAUCUCGGAGGCGGGGUAUAAGCAUAAAGAGGAGGAGCAACAUCAAAUGAGGGCGGAGCUUGAGCAGGAAAAGGAGGAGUUGAGGAAACUGGCUGCUCACUGGAAUGAGAGGUGGCUGGAUGUGGCGAUGACGUUAUGCUCGACACAAGCAGAACUCGAUGAGCUCAAGAGUCAACAGCGAGUGAAUGACAACCGAGAGCCUGAAGUUUCGCAACAGAUAGAGCCUGAGAGGGACCAAAGCCAAGUGCAGCAGAGACUCACGGGUAGCUCUGUGUCUCUUGAAGUCGUGGAUGGAGAGUUGGUGCAGGUGAAGGCGGAGCUGCUGAAGGUGAGGGACAUGCUGAAAAUCAGAGACACUGAGCUGGAGGAACAGCUCCAGGAGCUGCAGUCUGCUCACCAUCAGGAGUCACAACAGAGCGAUGAGGUCCAGAGGUUGGAGCAGCUUCUUGCAAAGAGAGAUCAGGAAAUUAAAGAAAAGGAUCAAGAUCUGAAGAACCUGGAGAUACAGAGGAUAACACAGAAAGCAGAGGCUCAGAUCAAGAUAUCUGCCCUGGAGCAGGAGAUUUUUGGACACAAAGGUCUGCUGUCGAGAAAGGAAGUGGUCAAUGAAUGCAGUCCUGAGUCACUGAAGGCCCUGCUAGAAGAAAGCAGAAGGCGAGCAGAAACGCUUGAGCAGGAAAGAGACCGAACUUUACAAAAACGGCAGGAUCUUGAACCUCCCCAGCAGGACAAAACAGAGAAAGAAUCUCCAUUAGAGACUAAAAAACAGAAACCCGCGGGUUCGGACCUUGUAGAUCCAAACCAACAGAGGAGGCAGGUCACCGAGCAGCUGAAAAGUCUGUUCAGAGAGAGAGAGCAGCGUGGAGAGAGGUCAGUAGAGCAGCAUAAACACUCUGUCAGUUGUCAGUCAGUUUGA